GGGACGCGGCUCUUGUUGGACUGUGCGCCUUUGCUCUCCCGGCCUCCCUCCCCCUCCCCACCUGCCCUGCACCGCGCCCUGGGGAGCUGCACAGCACCUCUUCCCACCACCACCUGCGUCCCUCGCGCGCCCUCCAUCACGCCGCAGUGCCCGGAGAGACGCGCCCCCUCGUGACCCCCGCGCUGAGGGCCCCGCGCCAGUGUUGCACAGAUCACCUGGUCCGAGAGAGGGUCAGAGCACUGCCCACCUUUCUCAGACGCCGCCCCGCCUCCCCCGUGGCCUAGAAAAAUCACCCCCAGCGAUGCAUAUCUCCCCGGAGGCUUAUGGGGAAAACCGGUCCAGCAUGGCCAAGUGUGUUUAGGAGUGCGUGGGUGUAAGAGGGAGGCGAGGGUGUGUGUGUGUGUGUGUGUGUGUGUGUGUGUGUGUGUGUGUGUGUGAUCGUAGAGGAGCAGGUUGUGGUGGUCAUUGUCAUAUACAGUCGCCCGGCUCCUUCCCUCCUCCUCCUCCUCCUCCUCCUUUUCCUCAUCCUCAUCAUCCUCAACCUCUUCUUCCUUCUCCUUUUACUUCAUCCCACCUCCUACUCCUCCAACUCCCCUAACCCCUCUUCCUCCUCCUCCUCCUCCUCCUCCUCCUCCUCCUCCUCCUCCUGCUCCAGCGAAUAUUACGUCACUAGUCAUUUUUAGUCGCCGUGUAUGUGGUGAAAUUCGUGAAGGAAGAAAGUGAUAGAAACGCCCCUUUUUCCCUCGUCGUGUGUGUUGGUGGUGGUGGUGGUGGUGGUGGUGGCGAGGCGUGAUUAUGCAAGCCGUCACUAAUUGGACUCCUGGUCACCGUCUCCUCUGAGAGAGAUCCAGCUGGCCUCGGGGGGAGUGGAAUGAACGAGUUCGUGCGUAGGCCGAGUCGUCGACGGGAGAACAACGUGUAUGUGCCGCCCACCGAUGUGGUUAAGAGGUCCCUUAUCAAGAGAUCAUGGACCAUAUCCAGAUCAGAUUUGCGAGAGGAUGGAACACAGCGAGACUUCAGUGCAUACCCGAGCAGCGGGGGGCGGACCUCACCUGAGCCCAGGACACCCGACGGCCGCCCUGCCGCCCCACACCACAGAGCCCGGCAGCACCGCCCACCUGCUGACGAAAACGAGCCUCCGUGGGACGACACGCACUCCUCUGCGCGGAGGCCCCCGCCCCGCCGCUAUAGUAUGAGCAGUUUGGAUGCUGUUGUGGCUGCGCCGAGACACCCCAAGGGCCCCGCACCUUCUCCCCCACAGGAGCAUCAGAGUGGUCAGGACACCACUGACAACGGUUACAUAGCUCUUCACCCGUCGGUGCCAUAUCUGCGCAUCGCACCCAAGCGUCGUCUGCUGCCGGAGGUGCCGAACCAGACAUACGGCACGUCCGAACGUCCCUCCACCUUGCCGCGAAACCUUCGAAGAUCUCGCGAGGAUCGCCACUCAUCGAACAACGCACAGUUGUCGCCACUCGCCGCUCACGACCCUGCCAGGUUCCACUCUAUGCCUCGCACCCGCUCGCGAUCCCCAAGUGGCCCUGGCCGGGGACGCUCGGAGCCCUCCCGCCGUGCCGCCUCGCCCGUUGCACCUCUUCGGGAGAACCUGGGCCUCGGCGGCUACGUUAGUUCAGGGCCGGUCACCAGCACACCAAUCAACCACGACCCUGGCAUUGGUGCCCGGCGAGGAGGCCUCUCCCCACCCAUGGCAGCGCCACGGGACCUCUCCCGCCAUCCAGCCAACGGACGACCUCCUGACCAGACUGCUGCUAAUCUGCGGCGACUCCCACAGUCUCCUGGCCAGGGAGUGACGCGCAUUAUUGAGAUAGAGAUGGAGGGUGAAGGCAGUCUGGCUCCCCCAAGCCGCGCCCCGGCUUCCAGGACUAACUCCGCCGUGAGCUCCUCCUCUCGGUCCUCAGACCACAACGAAGGCGAAAGAGAAGGACACAGAGGAUUUACUAAAGUGUCUCGCUCUCAUGUGUCUUCGUCCCCCGACUCUCGCUCUCUACUGGCGCCCUCCAUGCACAUGCCGCAACCCCGCCAGUUGUCUUCCACGCCACUACGUCAGGCCGCGUCCUCGCCGCUGCUCCUGUCCAACCAAUCAUCGUCAUCGCUCGCCCACUCCCGCCCCUCCGCCUCCAUGAACGGCCUCAACUCAGGCUACGCCACGACGGGUCGGCCGAAGAAGCCCUCCCAUAACCAGGCGGGGGUGAGACGAAGCCGGUCCUUUCAGGUGGGUUCAGGCAAGGUGGACGAGGACAGCCCUUCACUACUGUGCAAAGACGCCCUCUCCGGCCAGGUUGCCCGCUACGUUAGAGAACUGGAAAAGGGGAUACAGAUGACGGUAGAAAACAUGAUGCCUAAGAAGCACCAGCUGCUGCACGGCGAACACCUCAAGCGUCCGUCUAGUCCCUCCAAAGAUUCCUCCCACUCUGGCCGCAGAGUUAUCUUGGAGCGUCGUCCCAAGGAGCGCCGCCCCGCCAGCUCGCCCAGCGACGCCAGUGACGGCACCACCAAGCUGGAGUUUGACGACCGGUCGUCUGGCCGACACUCUGACAAUUCCUCAUCACAUCGCCACUCCGACACCGCUUCAGACAUUGUUCUCGACGCCGAAAAAAUACAGCCGGAGGGCGAUGACUAUAAGCUGGUCUUCAUCAGCUCAGACUCCUCCAAGGACUCUGAACUCAAUUCUUCCAUAGACUCUGACACCUCGGGCUCACCUUCCCGGCGUGUGUCGAGCGCCGUCAAUGACUCUGACAACUCUGGCUUUAUUGAUGAGAGUGACUGGGAUUACUUCGAGUCUCAGGCUGGCCGGCAGCGGAAGUCGAGGGGCACCGCUCCCCGCGCCACUGCCCCAGCUCGCGUGGACGCCAGCGUCAUGACGGAUGGCGAGUACCUGAGUGGCGGAGGCUCUGAAGGGGAAGACAGCGAAGCUGAACUGUCGCUGCGAGUGCCGUCCCCCGCCAGCUCUCCCUCUCACCUCCGCCACGACAGCGGGGUGAGCACGGAGAGUCCGGAGACAGACGACACGGCCACCACGCCGGUGCCACCCCAGGCUCUACUGGUGCCCCUCAGUGCCAUGGACACCAAGGACAUCCACGCUAUGCUGCUCCAGACAGAGGUGGUUCAGGCAGAGGCCCAAGCUCUCCAGGCGGCUCUGAUGGGCGCCUUCACCCCUACAGAACCUGCUCUCAGUGCUGUCACCGGCGGGCGUUGGUUCAGGCAGAACAACUCCACUCGCACCGCUGCUGAACGCCCAGGGAGCGAGUUACCUUGCCACGGCCAAGCGUGCGAGGAGGGCAGUCAUCACGACUCUCCUGCUCUUCGAGAAUAUCGUAAAAGAGUCCUAACGGAAAUACAAAAUUACUAUGGUGUCAACCCAGGCUCCGCCGGGGCUGGUCGCGGCCGCCCGUACACGCAACACCGCCCGCGCCCCGCUACCGACGCUCCUCCCACUCCCUUAUCUCGCUUAUCAUAUCAGCGGAGAGCCAAGCCAACCAGGGAGGCUCGCGGGGCCGACACCAGUGUGAGGGCCGCGCCAGCAGCGGCGGGUGCAUCUGUGCGCAAGUUUAGCCGGGAUAUUUGUAUACAGACUGACCCAGACCCAGCUGUGCUCACCUCCACUUGUGAGGAGGAGCCGCUCUCCCCCAAGCUCCAGGAACACACUCCUCCUCCUCCACCUCCUCCCGCCAGACCGCUGCGGGCGUCCUCGCGCCGCUCUCCUGCCACACAGGGUGCUGCACCGCCGGCAGUAACGAAGGAUACACAGCGCAGCCCGCAAGGAUACACCGCGUCCCGUGGCAGAGGUGGAGGUGACGGCGGUGUUAGUGUUGAGGAUGGUGGGGGAGGAGGGGGCCGGGGGCGAGAGGGGGUAAAGCCGCUCUCCCCCCAGCUGCCGCACCCCCCUACCUUCCACCUGCACCUCACGCUCAGUCGCGAGACCUCAGUCGCGCACCCGUCCGACUCGGAGACGGAUGAGAGGCUCGCGGAGAACAGUUCCUGUGUCAGUAGUGAUCUCGGGGGGGAGUCUGCGAGUGAUUUCGAGUACAAAGACGAAGGUAGUGAACGUGCAGAGUGUGUAGGGAGGAAAGUGAAGGCGAAAAAUGACCGUGAAGAUGGUGGAAUCUGUGUAUUAGAAACAGAGGGCAGCGGGGAGCAUGGCGGCCGAGGAGGGGGGAAGGAGAAGGCGUCUUGGUCCCCCCGCAUAGCAGCAGCCAACACCACGCACUCACUUCCCAGCACACGCCCGCCGCCACCACCGCCCCAGCCCUCCUCCACCACAACCAUGAGCGCUGCACGCCCUCCGCAAGUUGUCUUUGGCCAGGAGGAGCUCCAUCCUGCAGGAAACGGAGACCUCGACGCCCAUGAGAGAGUAAUCCAGGUGGAGGAUGCGUCCCAGACCCCCGCCUCCAGCUCUCCUUCCUCCUCGCCCUUCUUCCUUCGCUUUGAGAAGGGCGUGGAGUCACACUCACACUCGAGUAGCACAAGUGAGGGGGAGGACACGGACGAGGACGUGCAUGUUUCUCGCAGCUACAACAUCACCCGCGAGGACGGAGAUAGCGGAAGUGAGGCGGGGCACAGCACCGCGGAAGACGAGGCUGUCCCAGGAAUCUUUCAGGCGACAGAAAUGGACAGUGACUCGUCCUCAUCGUCAGGUGACAGUGACACCGACGAGGAUAAGCACGUCAGUAAAAAGUACAACCUCACCAGGUCAUCUUCAUCUGACUCAGAGUUUGCUAAAUCUGACACAGACUCUCCCAGGGAACUUGCGGCCUGUGCAGCGGCCGGCGAGGAGCAGCACCCUGUGGAGGCUGUGAACCCUGACGUGAGCCUCGAGGUAGUGGAGGAAGUUGGUUUCGGCGAGGAGGACCUGAGUGAGGGAGAGGAGGACGAACUGGCGGUGGAGGCCAUAAAUCAACAAGUCUGUGAUCUCACAUUGAACGACACUGUUAUUCUGGCGGAAAGUGAACAGGAGAGGAAGGGAGAGGAGGCCUUCCCUGUCCCCCAGGCGGUCCAGGAUACACAGGAGGAGGGUAGAGUGGAUAAGACUGAUGGUGUUGAAAAAUGUUCUAGUGAAAAAACGGAGAGUGAGAGCGAGUGUGUUAGCAGCUCCGUGCAGGCCGGCGAGGCAGACCCGAGUGAGGGAGGGAGUGGGGAAGCCUCAGGUGUGCUGGCAGCGGGUGGCGGUGACGGCGGUGCGGCCUGUGUCGGGGAGGAAGUGUGUGCAGGAAGGACUAGUGAAACGGUGCAAGAAAAGUGUGAUUCAUGUGAGGUAGUGGAAGUUGUUUUAAGUGAGGAAAUUCAAAAGUGUAGUGAUGAAAAUAAGUGUGAUGACUGUGGGAGUGUGGGCGAGGCGGAAAGUUUGGUGCUGAAUAACGUAGUGAGUAGUGAUGAGGGAGGAGCUAAGAGCGAGGCCACUGCCAGCCCCGAGGCACCAGCUGUGAUGCCUGAAACAGCUGCACAACCUGACACUGCGCCAAGGGCGGAGGAUACAAAUCCCGUGAAGGAAGAUGAAGUUGAGUUAGUGGCCACAGCCGAUUUUGAACAAACCGAUGAGACUGUGGUUACAACUGAAGCAGCGACAACUUGCCAGGAGUCAGCAGUAACAGCUGAUAGAGCACUGAGCUCCGAGGCCGCCGCUGCUCAAGAGAGAAAGGAACAACCAGUGUCGAGCCCUGAAGCGGCCCAGCAGGAGUUAGAUCCGAGCACGGAGAAAGAAACACUUCAGUCCCCCAUUAAAGAAGAGAACGCACAAGACGCUCCACCAUCAGGAGAGACUCCUGUCAUCCCCGAAGACGACAAACAACCGCCCGAGACGCCCUUAGGACUUGAUGGAGAAACCGAUGGUGCUGAUGUGGAGGAGAGAAAGGAGGAAGAGGGAAAGGGUACCCCGUCUCAAGGGUCGAGCGUGCCCGGGUACCCAAGUGAGAGUGAAGAACUAUUCCUGGGAGAAAGUGAAGGGCUGGAGUCUGGUGCUGAAAGUAAGGCAGUGGCUGCGGUGGGGCCGGGUAAGAGUUCCGAAUCUACUGGCACGAGUGCCGACACCGGAAGUGAGCAAGUGGAACACAGCGGUUCUGCUCUCAACGGCGGCCACACGGCAGUAACUCAUGACUCGCACGCGGGCCCGCACGCGUCACCCGUCGCUCCCCACAGUGAAAGCAUCGUUACCAGAGAGACUGCGGAGUCUGCUCCAUCUGGGGAGGUGAACGAGCAGCCCAAGGAUGAUAUCCUCGAGUGUGGUGAUACCAAAGUGAAGGCGUCGCUGAGUGGUGAAGGGGAAUCGAGUGAGUCUGGCCACGCGAGUGCUGGAGAGAGUGAGGAGGAAGGGGACGACCCUGGCAAUGUGGUUAAGAUCAACGUAACAGAAGGACACGACAGCCAACUCGAGGACGACGGUGUCAGCAUCCCCGUGAGCGUGGUGGGGAGGGAGGGCGCGGGCCAGGAAGUGACAAGGUUUGCAGUGCGGCGAGUGCGUUCUCCCGAGAUAGUGUCUCGCCACACGCCUCUGGUCCCCUCGCGGCGCGCCAAGCGGUCCUCCUCUUCCGACGGAGUCUCCUCCUCCUCGGACAUCGACAGGUCUGAUGCUGACGCCAGUGAUUCCGCCGACACUGUGGUAGAGGGCGGGAAGCUGCAUGCUAAGCUACGCAGAUUUGCUCAGCAACAACGUCGCCACGACCACGACGAUAAGGGGCGUGAUUCAGACGGCCCCUCAUCAGCUGACUCGGUCCUUCACGGCGCCGACAGUGAGUCACAGUGCUCCGACAACAGUGAGGAGGGGAACCUAGUGUCCAUUGUGUCUGUCGGGGAUGAGGACGACCACAGCAACCGACUGGCCUCGCAAGGCAGGAUAUACAUCAGGUCAGAUUCCACCGACUCUGACGUGCAGAUCAAGCCCACCUGUAUCGUCGUGACAGGCUCGUCAGGGGCUGAGUCAGGGGAGGACCUCGAUGUCGACGCUGAGGGACAAAACAAGGAGCGUAACAUCAAAAAUGAUGGUAAUGACGUGACGAUCCUGGAGGUAACGAGUGACGUGCGGCGCGGUCACGUCAUGUCAGUGCACGUGACGAGUCCAGACUCCUCGCGCAGCGCCUCACCUGCCAGGAGGAGUCAGGUGAGCGAGCUGCAGUCCAUGAUUCUCGCAACGCGGGAGCGGCAACAACAAUUCCGUCUCUUGCCAACAGAGUCCUCCUCAAGCCUCGCCAACUACUUCACUCUCACGCUGGGCACAGACUCCCCCCACGCUCCGCGCAGGCUCAACAAAACACCUGAGAUCCGUCGAAGGAAAAUCGACCGUCCAGAGGCUGUGGAGUCCCCGCACACAGCGAGUCCAACAAGCCCUGCCCAGACCCCAGACCACUCUGAGGGAGACCUGCUGGCCUACGAGGAACAUCAUGGCAUCGACAUUAGCGAGGAAUACAUCAGCCAUCCGCAGGAGUGUGACUCGUGGGAGGAGGGAGACAGGGCGGUGUCCUUCCCUGAUGAGGUGGAGUUUGAUGAGGACGUCUCCUUUGACGAAACGAAUCAGAGUUUUAUCGAGGGAGAUGAGUUUGACGGAGAAGACAUUUAUAUGGAUCGUGAAGUUGAAGGUCGAUUUGAUUCAAUAGAGGAUGGUGAAUCUCUUAACAGCGAAUCUAACUACAGCGAGUCUUCUGGUGAUGAAGCCUGUGACAGGGAGGAUGAGCUUCGAGGUUACUACAACAGAGCCAUUGACUUCACUCUGCACACCAUCAUUGAGGAAAGCUGCGAGGAGAGUGACUACGAGAGGAAGCCCAGGGAGGAGGAGUCUUUGCAGGCUGACCCCUCAGAGUUAGAGAAGUACUUUUACUUUGGGUUGGGCAAUGGCCCCGCCGAGUCCAAGAAAUACGCCAAUGAGGAGAGUGAGUACAGCGACACCUUCUCAGAGACCUCCAGCUCCAUCUUUAGUGAGGGCGUGGACAUUGAUAAGUACGAUGAGGAAGCAGACCCAGCAGAGCUCGCGUCCUCGAGGCUGGAAAAAUAUUUUCUAACAGAGUUCAUGUUUAAGCGGCAGUCUUCCAUUAGGUCCAUGGGAGAAGACUCUGAGCUGCACACGGACGAAAGUGGCUCUGUGGGCAGUGACUCUGAGGGUUCUCCCAGCCCAGAACAGCCGCGGAAAAAAGUUGUUAUGAGGCGACCGAGAGGAUUCCGUACUGGAGUGGCCAACAGAUGCCUGGUGGGCGGCGGCGACAGGUACGACGGAGCGCCCAGCGACGGCUCCCAUCACUCUGAAGGGGACGACGUGGACAGGACGAUGGUGAGCGGCGAGGACGAGGCGUCCACUGAGUCUGAGGAGACAGCCUUUGACAAGGGAGAUGGACAAUUUGACACCAUAAAGAGGAGAAAAAAGAAGAAGAAUUCAGGAGAAUACUCUGACAAAAAAUCAGACAGUGAUAAAAGCGAGCUCAAAGUGGUGGAGCAGCAACACGACAUGGAGCAGAAAGAGGAACUGUGUGAGCUGAAGAAUGCCGAAGCGCUGAAGUCACUGAUGCACGACGGGGAGAAGGUGACGAAGCGUGUGACAAUAGAUUUCGAUAAGGACUUGCGAGAGAGAGGUGACGAGAGGAUGGAGAAAGAAGGUGACCUGUCUGACCGGAAAUACCAAAGUAGAGACAGUGGGUUCAUCGGCAGCUCAGAUGACCUACUGAAGGACAAGCCUGAGGACACCAGGGACCAGAAGGGCCGCUCCUCUUCCGAGUCCAGUGUUGAUGACGGGGAGGGCUCUUCAAAGAGGAUUGACAGCCUGCAGGUUGCGUCCAGUAAAGGCGGGGAACAUAAAGGUGACAGCUUCGACAAUGACAGCAAUAAUAACAAAUCUGAGACGGAGGAGCGAAGCAGUGGAGACGGGAAGGUAUCCAGGUCCAGCACAGGCUCCUCCGUGGACCUGACGCCCUUCUGUCCCGACAAGAUGAGGAGCAAGAUAUGCCGCAAGGAUUCCUUCAACAACUGGAGCUCUGAUGAGGAGACCAACAUGAUGAUGAACAAGAUGCGUGCCUUCUUCAAGACCAUGAUCAGCAACAACCGCGAGGCGCCGAAGGGACAGCGAGUUAAGCCGCCUCAGCUGCUGGCGUUCGAGGCCAAGCUCACCAACCUCAUGAAGACAGUGCCAGGCAUCAACGACGAGCAGGUGAAGGAGAUAGUGGAGUACCUGAGCUCAGAGGAUACCUGGAGUGACUCGUAUGACUCUUCAGAUUACACGAGUAGUGACUUGGAAGGUGCUUAUGCCCUGCUGGAUCAGGCGGAUCCUGAGAUGAGAAGUGACCUUCAGGAGCAAAUAUCUGCUUCUUGCCAGCAAAUAAUUCAAAAGUUUGAUCAGAGUCGUGAGCCCAGCGACACUGACAGCGCCCACUCUCUCACCCGCUCAGAGAGUUCAGAGGACGCGUCACCUUCCAGCAAAGACACAGUGUUUGUGUAUCAGCGGCUCAUGUCUUCCAUAUCUCGCCUCAAGCCAGACAGUGACCGAGGAAGCAUCGGGUCUGGGUCUCAGGGCGCCUCUCCUCCCCUGCUGGCCAAGGUGAUGCACCACAUCGGCAACAGGCUGGUGGCGCUCAUGCACGAGGUGUCUGGCGGCAGCGAGAACGGUGAUGACGACUCCCUGAGCGGCGGCCACCCAGUCACGUCCAGCCCCAAAGUUCCACUUUUCCUUCCAAGAAAGCACAAAUCUGUUGACUCCAUCUCAGACUCAUCAAUUGACAAAAGUUCCUUGACUAGCACAAGCUUUGAGUCCGAGGACAGCCCCACUGACACUGAGCAGUCUCCAGAGUCUGACCCAGGAACCCCGAAGGCCCGCAGCCAGCGGCAGGGACACGGGCCGCUCUCUAUCAUUAGCGAGCGAUCCUCAGCCGAGGACUUCACUUCCCUGGAGAGUCAGCGCACAGUGUUCGCCUCGCACGAUUCUCCCCGUCACCAGAUCCGUCCAGACGCCGCGCGGCCCCACCUCAGCACCUCGUCAGAGAGAAGUCUGGAGGAGCGCGGCGUCACCAAUAUUCAGUAUUUCGUGACGGAAGGCAGCAACAACGAGGUGGAAGUGUGGCAGAGUGUUACCAUCGACGAGGACAAGUUUGAUGCACGAGAGCACCACGGCGUGCCCCGCGCCCGCCGCAGCGCGCGGAGGCAGGAGACAAGGAAGGCGAAAAGCCACAUGAGUUUAGAGAAAAUACACCAGGAAGAAGUCAAAGCAACCGGGGAGAGGUCAGAGUCGCUCGGGGACUUGCUCGACCGCGUGCGCUCAUCGGAGUUCUCCAGCAGCUACGAACAGCUGGACUCAGACUCCACACUCAAGGCAUCAGAUUCACUCGAUCGUCACAUCGGCAGCAGUUCCUCAAACAUCCGCCUCAACGCUUCCAGCCGGGGCUCCCUCACCACCAGCAGCCGAGGCAGUCUGGCGGCCUCUAGUCGUGGCUCUUUAAAUGCGGGGUCUCGAGGCUCCCUCCAGGGCUCCUCAGGCCCAGAGGAAGAGGAAGAGAAAAAGCCGAAAAAGUUAAAUUUCUUCCGCUACGCGAGACGGUCGUCCAUGCCAGACACCAGCAAGGAUCGCAUGUCCCCCGAGGUGCGAUCCACCACUCUACCUCGAUCCAAUCCCACCCAAGUGGCCUCCACGGCCUCUCUCCCACGAUCUCAAUUCGCUCUACUUAACAAAACUCCUCCGUCCGUUACUACGUCCAGUCACACAACAGUGUCCUCCCCCACCUCCACCCUGGAGAGGCUGGUGGGCACUCCCUCAUCCGGACCCCGCUCCGCCAGGUAUCACGCUCCCGGGUACCGGCCCCCUCCCCCAGGAACCGCUCCUAAGCGCACCGUCUCCACCCCAGGCCUCUCCUCCUUCAGGAAGGACACCUUCGGCAGCUGGACGCGUCAAGAUGAGACGAGUGUCGGCGGGGAGGACAGUGGCGGAGGCGGCGGCGGAGGAGGAGGAGGAGGAGCAGGAGGUGGAGGGGAAAUGUCAACAACACCCGGAGGAGGAGGAGGAGGAGGAGGAGGAGGUGUGGGGCUGAAGAGCGGCUCCCCGUCCCCGCUAGUUGGCUCAGUGGGGAGGAUCUCUGGGCGGGAUAGCGUUGCCUCCCUCACCUCCUCAACGGACACCUCCUGCUUCACCCACCCUGACGAGGACAUCGAGAGACUCCUGCAGCUCAACGAAAAGAAAAUCAGCUCCCUCACCCCCCUUGGAUCGCGGAGUGAGAGCAUGGCGUCGGUGUGUUCCGCGGGUGCAGAGGGUCGCUACGGCACUGUCAUCAUUAGAGGAGAGAUCGAGCUGGGCCUCCAGUACAACUACAAGGAGGGCCAGCUCGAGGUCCACGUGGCACAGUGUCGCGACCUGGCAGCCGUUGAUACCAAGAGGAACCGCUCCGACCCGUAUGUCAAAGUGUACCUGCUCCCUGACAAGUCCAAGAGUGGCAAGAGGAAGACCAAGGUGAAGAAGCACACACUAAAUCCUGUCUUUGAGGAGAUCCUGAAGUUCAGCACAACCAUGAGUGAGCUGGAAAGCCGCACACUAUGGGUCUCUGUGUGGCACAGUGACAUGUUUGGGCGCAAUGACUUCCUAGGUGAGGUAGUCAUCAGCCUGGCAGACACUGUGUUUGAUGACGUCUCCCCCAAGUGGUAUCCUUUGCAGGACAGGAUGGAACCCUUGGAGGAGCUGAGUUACAGCCCCCGGGGUGAUCUCAUCCUGGCCCUCAAGUUUGUGCCACCUGAUGCAGUGAGCAGCAAGAAAGCACGCCGCUCCCGAGGUGCCCUACAUGUGCUGGUGAAGGAGGCAAAGAGUCUGGCAGCAGUGAGGCCUCAUGGCACUGCUGAUCCCAUCUGCAAAGGGCUGCUUCUUCCCGAAAAGGGGAAAGCCUCAAAGCAGAAGACAAGUGUAUGUCGCAAGACACUGAACCCCACUUGGAACCACACACUAGUCUUUGAUGACACCAGCCUGCAGGAGCUGACCGAGAGGGCACUGGAGCUCUCAGUGUGGGACCAUGAUCGCUUAGGACCCUCACAUUUCCUGGGAGGCUGCAGGCUAAGCUUAGGCAAAGGCAAGCAUGGAGGACGGCCAGUUGAAUGGAUGGAGGCAGCUGGGAUGGAGGUGAAGCUGUGGGAGCAGAUGCUGGACCGGCCCAACCUGUGGGUGGAGGGCUCCAUAAUGCUUCGACCUACAAUGGACAAGCCAAUCUAUUCCUCCUCCAUGACAGAAUAGAUUGAGCAAAACAUGUAAAGCUUGAAGCAUCUCAAACAGUCACUACAUUCACAUUCCAGGAUAGGACAUUUUGUUUGAAAAUUGUUAAGUAUUAAAGGGCUGUUCAAAAUAAUGGUAAAUUACUAUAGAGUAUUUAAUUUAAAUACUGUUAUAUUGAUAUAUUUUUAUAAAUUAUUGGAAGAUGAAAUAUACAGCUGCCAGUAUCCAUAUUAUGGAAAUUAUGAAUAUUAACCAUUUCAACCAACAGUAACACAUUACAGACUAAGUAUUCUUAAAAUCAUAGUAUAUGAUGUUCCUAAUUUUGUAAAAGUUUAAGGAAAUAAUUUUUCUUAAGUCAGACAUUCCAAUCACACUUCAUAGUAUAAUUACUUUCUCAAAAAAAGUUUUCUGCAAGUGUAGCCAGUUAAGAGCUGAUGAGGUGUUGAUUGAUGUGGCUUGUACCAAAGACUGCUCUGACAACCAUCACAGCGGCCCAGAGUGUGAGGGGGUAGUGAGCUAACUGAAAAAAAAAAUAUACAUAUAUAUAUAUAUAUAUAUAUAUAUAUAUAUAUAUAUAUAUAUAUAUAUAUAUAUAUAUAUAUAUAUAUAUAUAUAUAUAUGUAAUAUGUUAAAAAGUAUAAAGGUGUGUCAUGAGAUGUACAUGUAGGCACUGGAGGGAGAUGGCAAGCACUGUGCUGCUCAGUAGGUGUUCAAUUUGUUUGUGUUGUAACUCCAAGGAGGUUACAAGAGACUGAAGUGAAGAUGUGGAGUGAAAGAAUAAUGACUGAAGACUGCAGCUUCAGAUCUGUUGUUUUUAUUGUACAUCUGUAAAAACUAUUUCAAAUAGAAUGUAGUAUAUGAACAUCAAUUGGUUUUUGAGCUCAAAAUGUUUGACCAGAAGGGCCAUCAAAAUACUUGUGAUCAUGAUUGUUAUGUGAUUGUAACCAACAAACCUUUCAUUCAACUGUUUGAUUCUUGAGAGAUAGCCCCCUGAGGAUUCACAUUAGUCAUAUGUAGCCUUAGAUAUAACAUGUAUUUUUGUACCAGAAAUGGAGAUGAAGUUGGGCAGGUGUUACCAAUCUCCUGCCACCCAGUGCUAGCAGCUAUGAUGGUAGUUUUCUUUAACCAUACUUAUGUUACCAUUAUCAUUCACCGAGGUCACUGGUAUUGACACGCCUGCAUAAUCUUGUCCUAUAUUUGUUAUCUGGAAAAGAAAAAAAAUUAAAGUUGCCAGUAACCUGGCUGAGGCUACAAAUUACUCACAAGAUGUGCUGUUUGACAGUCAAUGUUAGCUUAAAGCUGCACUGGGCACAAAUACACUCACAUGAAAAAUAAAAUUGUUGUACAUUGCAAUUUUUCUGAAAUGAAUUAUUUCUUGUAUAGUGUGCCAAUGAGGAAUGUAUGCUGGAGGAUUUACAAUUUAUGUCACUGUACCUAUUAUUCAUGUUUGUAUAUGAAGAGUGUAUAAAGAAUGGCAGAAGUAUUUAAGAGGAGGAGGAUGGUAAACACUUAAUUCUCCAACCCUUUUAUUCUGCUUCUGAAAUACUUUUCUCAGUGUGCCAAGGGGAACACCUACCCAUUUGAGACAACCAUCCCAUCUAGACAAUACCAAGCUUUUCCUUAACAGUAUGAUGAAUCUGUAAUUAAAAUGAACACUAAAGGGGGUACACUUGGUGUGUCCUGAAAUAGACUGAUAACAUUAUGCAAGCAAUUAAUCUUGCAAUUAAUGCUUUAUCAGUCCCUGUUGAGGCCAAGCCCCACCAUUGCUCUGUGCUGUGAGUGUGCCCUCCUACUGUCACCAACACCACCUCAGCUGAUAGGACUAAUGCCUACACUGCUUCAUCAUAAUUGGUUCCAGUCCCAUUCCUUGUUCUGUUAUAUUCUCACAUGUAACUUAAAAUAGAGCUUUAUCAUGUUUAAUAAAACUAAAUGAGC